AUGUCUACUACGCCGGGAGUGUUUGCCUCAUCACAGCUGCAAUACCCUACGCCGACAAGUCUUCGGCCCCAGAACACGACCAUGUGGUCCGAAAAUAGCGGGCAGGGCAAGCCGUUGAGCGUGCCCGAAGUCUAUUUGCAGCCUCCGACGCCCAUACUGCGGGCGAGAGAACUGCCAGACUAUACCAAGUUUCCUCCUCCAGCGUCAUUCAUGUGA